AUGACUGUUCCUCUUUUACAGUUGGCAGCUGUAAUCAUCGCUGGCCUCCUUCUGCUCUACAUCCCACUGUGCUAUGAGAAUUUCCAUUUCCACGUGGCUCAUUUGUAUGCUCGCCUCGGGUACCCCAAUGCCCAGCACAUCCUGGGACAGAGGUAUUUGCAAGGAACCGGAGUGGAAAAAAAUGAGGACAUGGCCAUGCACUGGUUCAGGCAGGCUGCGGGGCAGGGCCAUCCCCACUCCUCCUUCAACCUGGUGGUGGGGGCACUCAGAAACAUGACUGUGGCACUUGAAGAAGGGUAACCUGAGUUAAUCCUCUUCCUUCCCAUUACAGCUGCAUUGCCAGCUCCUCCUGGGGAGGUGGGAGGGGGAACCUGGUGCUGUAAGUACUCCACGCAUGAA